AUGAGGCGGCCAGGAUGGCUGAAUUUGAUGCAGAUUUUGAUUGAACUCCCAAUCAUAUUAUCGUCCAUUUUUUUUAAUUUAUUGCUCAUAGCUCCCAUUCUUUCUAUUAGUAAUAGACACAGCACUAAUUUAAAUGUUGCAUAUAUAUUCCCAUAUAUUGGCACUAAGUACACGAAUCUCAGGUUUGAAUUGUUAGCAAACAAGCCUAGACUUAAGGCAGUUGCUCACUUUGUACGCACUAGGCCCCGAAAGUCUGGAAGUAGCAAGAUGUAUCCUUCGCCGCCACUUUACUACCAGGAUACAAACGAUUAUUUCGGUUCGCCGCCAGAAUACUUUUCAGCACCAGUAUCAAAGGCUGUGGAACUGAUAAAUUCUCAGGAGUGGCUCAAAUCAAUUAUCAAAGAUCCAAAUUUGAUAGUUAAGGACCAGGAUUCUAUCGCUUCAAAGUGUACAGAAUUAUCCAAAACACUAUUAAAUAUAUCAAAGGAGAUGGAAUGCGAUGUAUCUGAGGAUUUGUCCUUAUUUUUCGAACGCUUAGGGCGCGAUCCACAAAAAUACAAGUAUUACUUAUCUCCUAUUGAAACAAUGAACGUUAUUCAGAACCAAUGGGAGAUUAAGGAGAAUUAUUUAUUCAAUAGAUGCAAGAAGAGACUAUUCACUAGAUUGAAGGACAUUUUUCACAAACUAAAAUCAAUUGGUUUUAGCGAGGAGCAACUUAAAACCCCUGAAAUUUGGCAUCGUUAUGGUGUUUUCAAAUCACUUCCAAAAUGUACGCUAACUGAAGUAUACUUUCAGAAGCACAGGUUUGGUCUGACAUACGGGCCCAAAAAUCUAUAUUAUUUAUCUCCAGAUAAUCAACUUAAAUCCAAUAUUAAUCUAAUAUAUAGCAGUGACACUGCUAGUAUCGGCACUAAUGAUGGCAAAUCAGACAAAAAAGAAUUGCCUGAAGGAAAAUAUUUCACUAGUGCUGAAGAAGCACUAUCAAGUACUGUAUUGUAUAAUAUUUGCGACAGAUUAAAAGUAUUGGAGUUUUGGAAGUUUGACACUGGAACACAGCAGACCCUAAUAAACGUCGCUAAAUGUUAUCAUACCAAACUAAAUUACAACACUCAGGAAUCUCAGGAAGUUUAUGCCAUUAGAGAUUUUUUGUUUAGUUGGCUAUAUCCCGAUUAUAUAUUGCCGCAAUCUAUUUACGAAUUGGAACAAAGUGUAUGUCAUAACUAUCGCAUAAAAACAUUGGAAAGGAGUCUAGGAAAAAUGUUAAAUUGCUGGAUUGGUUCUGGUGCACCUAAACCGACAAUUAAAGGUAAAACUGAGAAAUAUCGUAACCUCAUAAUUUGGAAAUCGUUAACCAAGAAAGCUCGCAAGAAUAUCGCACAUCAAUACAUUGUAAAAUUAAUGAAGGAAAAAGUUAGGGAGAGAGUUAGACAGAGGGAGGCCUAUCGAAAGGCUAUAACUGCAAAACAUAGGAAGAAAAGGAUACGCACCCUGAGCAAUGAGGAAAAUUAG